ACUAGGUAAACUAACAGAAGUUUGGAAACAAGGACCUAUGUCUUCCGAUAGAAGUGAUAUUCCUAUAUUUAUUCCUCGGAUGAAAAAUACUUUUGAAAAUUUUAAAAAACAAAAGAAUAAAUUUACUUAGGAUAAUCUGAUUCAACAAUUUGCCCUGUUAUUAUUUAUUCUUGGUGGUAGAAAUUGUUAUGAAUUUCUUCGAUUAAAUUUACCUGCUGCUUUGCCGCAUAUAUCGAAUGUUGAAUUAUUGAUGAGAAACAAUGAACAAAGAAUACUUGAAUGUGAAUUUCGUUUUCAGUUGAUAAAAGAAUAUUACCAAUCUAAUAAUUGUAAUUAUGUACUUUCGUCUGAAGAUGCCACUCGUUGUAUCUCUCGUAUUGAUUAUGUUGCACAAUCAAAUAUUUUUAUUGGUUUUUCUUCAUAUUUAGUCAAUUGA